AUCCCACUUCAAGAAAUAGAAUUUUACGAUGUACACAAACGUUAAGUGGUUUAUAUGUAUUAGAUGUGUGCCUUACGGUCAUACAAACAAAUAAACGUUGUUGAUACUGCAAUAUUUUAUAUCAAAUUGGUAAAUACUCGGGACACAAGACACUGUUAAAUGUGUACAUAGCUGUGUGCAUCCUUAGUGUGAAAUGAUGUGUUUAAGUGAAUAAACCAGCAGUUACAAAUUUGAGGUUAAACCUUGUAAAGCGUAAAAAAUGGGAAAUUGCUUGAAAAUGAGCAGAUCAGAUGACAUUUCACUUUUACGAGGUAAUGAUACGAUUAACGGGCAAAACAGCGGAACUCAGUCAUUAUACCAUGAAGAACAGUAUCAGCCAGUAUUUUACCCCACCACCUCAGCUUCCUCAAAUCGAGCCCCAUCAUCUAUCAAUCGACAACUUUCCGAUGAUUAUCAAGUGAGGAUUGCAAAGCGUAUUGGAUUAAUGCAGCAUUUGCCAAUUGGAACAUAUGACGGAAGCUCGAAAAAAGUACGAGAAUGUGUAAUUUGCAUGGCAGAAUUCUGUGUUGAUGAAUCCGUGCGAUAUCUUCCUUGCAUGCAUAUUUAUCAUGUUAAAUGUAUAGACGAUUGGUUGUUGAGAAGUCUUACAUGUCCCAGUUGCUUGGAGCCGGUUGACGCUGCUUUACUAACGAGUUAUGAAUCGACAUAGCGUUUAUAAAAGAGUAGUAUAUUUAUAAUGGUCGCUUUAAAUUAUUUCGGGAAAAUAAAAAGUUGGUCCAAGCAAAGGUUAUUAUUUGAUACGUUUCAAUUGGAUUACAUUUCUUAAAAUUAAAUGUUGCUGUCUUUAAUCAAAACCAUUUAUAUUAUUGAGUGAAAGCCGAUAAUAAUUGUUAUUGCAGCACUGGAUAAGUCAAAUAUGUAAAAACUAUUUUGUUGAAUUUUGUAUUGAUGUAUGUAAGCAUUCUGCUUGAAUUUCACCCGAAGAGAACACUAGAUCGUGUACAUAUAUCUAUAUUUAUAUAAGUGAGUGUAUAAAGGAUUUGAUAAUAAAAUUAAAUUUUGUUUAAGUACGAAA